UACUGAAUUCUGUCAAAAUCGUACCUAGGCACCAGCUACACUAAAUAUAUAUAUAACUCUUUCUCUUUUAGUAAUAACUUGACUUUCAAUCUCUUCAUUUCCUUACGAAUUUGCAGAUUUCAAAACCAAUGGCUAUGGCUGUUUUUCUCUUUCUUCUUUAUGUUUGUGUAGGAAUUGUGUCUGCAUUGCCUCAUCCCGACAAGAUCAUUAAAUUGCCUGGGCAACCUCAAGUGGGGUUUCAACAAUUUUCAGGAUAUGUUACUGUUGAUGAAAAGAAGCAACGAUCUCUUUUUUACUACUUUGUUGAAGCUGAAACAGAUCCAGCUUCAAAGCCUUUAGUUUUGUGGUUGAAUGGAGGACCUGGAUGUUCUUCACUUGGGGUUGGUGCAUUUUCUGAAAAUGGACCAUUUAGACCAAGAGGAGAAGGUCUUGUUAAAAAUGAACACAGUUGGAACAAAGAGGCAAACAUGUUGUAUUUGGAAAGCCCAAUUGGAGUUGGCUUCUCUUAUUCAUCUGAUAUUUCUUCCUAUGAGACAGUAAAUGAUGAAGUAACAGCCAGGGACAAUGUUGUUUUCUUACUACGCUGGUUCCAUAAAUUUCCACAGUACAGUAAAAGCAAUUUGUUUCUAACUGGUGAAAGUUAUGCAGGACAUUAUGUACCUCAACUAGCUAAGCUCAUGAUGGCAUUUAACAAGAAGCAACAGCUGUUCAAUCUAAAAGGAAUUGCACUAGGUAAUCCGGUUCUGGAAUUUGCUACUGAUUUUAAUUCGAGGGCAGAGUACUUCUGGUCUCAUGGUCUAAUAUCAGAUCCUACAUACAGAAUGUUUAGUUCUGCUUGUAAUUAUUCUCGAUAUGUUAGCGAGUACUACAGAGACACUGUAUCGCCAAUCUGUUCGAGAGUCAUGAGUUUAGUGAGUAGAGAAACCAGUAAGUUUGUGGACAAGUAUGAUGUUACCCUUGAUGUUUGUAUUUCCUCUGUGCUCUCCCAAUCCAAGAUUAUAAGUCCUCAAGAAAAUGCCGAGAAGUUAGAUGUAUGUGUGGAAGAUGAAGUUGUCAAUUACUUGAACCGAAAAGAUGUGAGAAGGGCUCUUCAUGCUGAGCUUGUUGGAGUACGCAGAUGGUCUGUUUGCAGCACCAUUUUGGACUAUCAACUGCUUGACAUAGAGAUACCAACCAUCUCCAUAAUAGGAAUGCUUGUCAAAGAAAGAAUCCCAGUCUUAAUAUACAGUGGGGAUCAAGAUUCUGUCGUUCCACUGAUUGGAAGCCGAGCAACUGUUCAACAACUAGCAAGGCAGAUGCAGCUGAACACAACUGUCCCCUAUAGAGUUUGGUUUGCAGGACAACAGGUUGGUGGAUGGACACAUGUUUAUGAUAAUAUCCUCUCCUUUGCGACGAUCAGAGGGGCUUCUCAUGAGGCUCCUUUCUCACAGCCAGAGAGAUCACUUGUAUUGUUCAAGUCAUUUCUUGAAGGCAAGCCACUCCCUGAAGUUUUCUGAUCAGACAGCAUAAUGUAAAUAGCUCUGUCACCAUUAAAUGUCAAAGGAUCUUUCUUUCUUUUGUUUUUGGCUUUUGUUCUUCAUUU